CCUUUGCAGUGGAUGGAUUUCACGCCAUGGUCUGCCACACACACACACGAACACACUGUUACUGUUACUGCACUGCUUAGCAGCUUGGCAAAAAAUUCUCGUCCCUCUACCAAACAAUCAGACAGUCAAGACAGACAGACAGACAGACACGCAGACAGCCAGCCAGGCGGACAAAGCAAAAACACACAACACACAACACACAACACACAACACAACACACAUCACAUCACAUCACAGCACAAAUCACAUGCAUGGACCUCAUGAAUGGCACAAAUCACAUACAUAUUCAUUAACGAUCACACAAAUGUACACGCAUCCAUUCAGACGUCGUCAAAUCGUUGGAUGGGGAGGGGAGGGGUGCGGGGAAGAACCACCGCACCACCCUCCCCAACCCCUUCCACCAGUGCCCUCUGCUGGCCGUGGUCGUGGCUGUGGCCGUGUGCUGCUGGCCCCCGGCUGCUGCCGCUGCUGCUGCUGGUGUGGUUGUGGUUGUUGCCGUAGCCUUGCCGCUCUGCAGUGCGUCGACCAGCGCAUCAGCCGCCAGCAUCGAUGUGUCCCUCCAGUGGCCGCCACCACCACCAACCUUUGGAGCAGCAGCAGCAGCAGCAGGUGGUGGUGUGUGGGCGUUGGCGUGGCUGUCUGCUGCAGCCGGGAAGGGGAGGUAGAGGUACUGGUGCUCGCCCAGCUUGAUGGUGGUCUUCUGCCCAGCGUGUGUGUGGCCGCUGACGGGGGGCGGGAGGUCCUCCGGGGCGUCUGGCUCGUCUGAGGGCGAGAGGAGGUGAGAUGAGGGCGGGAAGCACGCCUCGGGGGUGAUCUCGGCAGAAGGGGACUUGACGGGCGCCUCCAACUGAUCAACAGGUACACAGACAUACAGCGAGAACGACUGCAGAUUGUCGCGUGUCUGUCUGACGGUAUGGCCGCAAGUUCUGCUGCUCACCGUUUGUGACACGUCGAGUUUGCCGAGGAUGCUGUUGCUCAGCUGGAAUGGGUGUUCGGUGGUGGCUGGGUCGGGCUGCGGCACCGCGCCGCUCGAGCUGGCCAGGGCGGCCGGCAGGUCGUAGUCGAUGUCAGGAUUGACCUCGGAGAGUGGCGACAGGGUCAGGUCGUGGUCGGAGUCCCUCUCAGGCAAUGCCGCCACCGAUUCGGGCGGCAUGUCAGGACGGCUGCCCAGCAGACGGCCAAUCACACGCAACG